AGUAUCAUAAUGGACGUACUUUAUGAUAUGUUGGGAAUGAUCGAACAACACAGAAGAAGUAACGGCACUCAAAGUUCUACACCCCAAAGGGAAAGAUUGGCGCCAUCCGGGGGCAGUGACAAAAAUUUGCUGUUUGUUGGUAACUCUUCACCCUCUGGUAUCCAGAAAAGCCGAACAGUUCUCCCUUUCCCAGAAUGCUCCAUUUCAUCACUGACUAGAGGCAGGCUCUCCCGAAACUCCAGUCAGGAAGCGCCUAACAGUCCGGAGCUCUCAAAGUUAAAGGAAAAGGAAAUGCUGACGGUGUCUAGCAAGGAACCACUGCGGAGGUUCAGCUUAGUGCCGCCAGGUGGCGGUACCCCCGCCAUUAAUCUGACCCCGGAUGAUGGGGGAUACAUAGAUAGAAACCGACGGCCGAGUCUCCAGAACAUGGGGCAGUAUAACCACGACUCGGAACGCUGUGAGCGGAAAAGUAGCACCGGAAGUCUGUUUAGUUUUUCUGAACCCAGACAUACAGCGCCACGGCGCGGUAGUUUCCAGGCGUUAGGGGAUACUGUGAUGCAGCUUUUCUCUAGUAAAUAAUGAGGCUUCAAGAUGAUUUUCAUAACGGUGCAGGAAAAAAAGCUUCAUUAUUUGUGGGACUUCAUUCAUUCUUCUUUGUUACUCAAAGAAGGCGCCGAAUAUUGCCAUACUGUAAAUUACGAUGCUUUAAUCGAUUGAUAUAUUUAUGUGUGUAUUUUACAUAUUGUUCAAAAUAUAAUUCCUGUUUUGUACAGUAAAAUAUUUAUUAUAUACAA